AUGGAAGUACCUACUGUUUCACAAACACAAAUCGAUGAUUGGAAAAUUGAUAUGAAGAUUGGUAUCAUUGGUUUAGGUGAUAUGGGUCUUCUGUAUGCAAGAAAAUUUUCUGAACAUGGUUGGAAAGUCAUUUGCUGUGAUCAGGAGAAAUUUUACACAGAGAAUAAAAAGCUCUACAUUGAUGAAGAUUUCGAAGUUGUCCUAAAUGGUCAUCAUGUCUCCAGACAAUCAGACUACAUUAUUUAUAGUGUGGAAGCAGCAAAUGUAUCAAAAAUCGUAGCUGAGUAUGGUCCCUCCACAAAGGUUAAUGCAAUUGUCGGUGGGCAGACCAGUUGUAAAGAUCCAGAAAUCAAAGCUUUUGAGAAAUAUUUGCCAAAAGAUGUUGACAUAAUCUCGGUUCAUUCAUUGCAUGGUCCAAAAAUUAACCCAGAAGGUCAACCACUUGUAAUCAUUGAUCAUAGAUCUUCUCGUCCAUCUUCUUUUUUAUUUGUGAACACCCUCAUGAGUUGUCUGAAGAGCAAAAUCGUCUAUUUGUCAUAUGAGGAACACGAUAAAAUCACUGCUGAUACACAAGCUGUCACGCAUGCAGCAUUUUUAAGUAUGGGUACAACUUGGGCCAAAUUGAAAUACUAUCCAUGGACUUUGGGUCUGGAUAAAUGGUAUGGUGGUUUAGAAAAUGUAAAAGUUAACAUUUCAUUAAGAAUUUAUUCUAAUAAAUGGCAUGUUUAUGCUGGUCUAGCAAUUACAAAUCCAGCAGCUCAUAAACAAAUUUUGCAAUAUGCUACCAGUGUAACAGAAUUAUUCUCAUUAAUUUUAGGUGGACACAGUGAAGAGUUUCGUGAUAGAAUAAUGAAGGCAAAAGAAUUUGUUUUCGGUGAUCAUAAUGGGAAAUUACUCUUAGAUAGUUCUCUUCUGGAUAAAUAUUCUUUAAAUAAGGCAGAUCACACUUCAGAAGAAAAUGCAGGUAAAAAACCUUUACCAAACUCUCAUUUAUCAAUGUUAGCCAUCGUAGACUCUUGGUAUCAACUGAAAAUUAAUCCAUAUGAUCAUAUGAUCUGUUCAACACCAUUGUUUAGGAUAUUUUUAGGUAUAUCUGAAUACCUGUUCUUAACCGAUGGAUUAUUGGAAGAAACACUAGACGCAGCUCUUUAUGAUAAUUCUUUUAGAAAAGAUGAUUUAGAAUUUGUUGUUUCAGCAAGGUCAUGGAGUUCUAUUAUUACAUCUGGUAAUUUCGAGUUAUAUCAAGAAAAGUUUGAAGAAACACAAGAAUUUUUCAGACCUAUGUUUCCAGAAGCUACAGCAAUUGGUAAUGACAUGAUAAAAACAAUCUUAAGUCACUCAAAAUAA